ACAGUUCUUUCUAGAAAAAGAAGUGAAAUCUGAACAGCAAGAGAAAGAUGAGAUCUCACCUCUGCUCGAAACCCUUUCAUCUGGCCAAAGAAUUCGGUAAGUAAUGACAUAUCGUGUCGUCGGAUAGAAUACCUUCUGUGGCAGCUGAGGUCCAGGGAGUAUUUUGACACAAUGAGGAUACUGUAAAUCUCUGCGGCUCAAGGUUGAUGUACCAUGGAGAAGUGAUGAUCCUGUCUUUCUACAGCUAAAGAAAUCAAAUCAAAGAUCAUGGGGAAUUCGUACGCGGGGCAGCUGAAGUCUGCCCGCUUCGAGGAGGCUCUUCACAACUCUAUAGAGGCCUCGCUGAGAUCGACCGGUGGUGACCCACAGCCUGUAUUCACACAGCUGUAUCUCGAGCCUCAUCAGUAUCCUAGCAACCUGGAAGAUAUUAAACCCAAAAUGGACCUGAGCCUGAAGUCUGACCUGUCCAGUCAUGUGCUGGUGAAUUGCCAGUCCUCCAAUUGCAUUGAGGAUAUGGAUGAUGAGGACGAAUCAGACACCAGCAGUCCACCGUUGCCUUACCUGCAGGGACCCCCUCCUGAUGGCUGCUGCACUAUUGAUGGAUUCUGUCAAGCAGGAAAGGACCUGCGCCUGGUUUCCAUGACAACAGAGUUUAUCGAGGUUCCUGCAGGGUUCGAGCUGGUCGGUGCCAAAUCGCCUAGCAUCCCAGAGCAUAUCCUAGUCUGUGCAGUAGACAAGCGCUUCCUGCCAGAUGAGAAUGGGAAAAAUGCACUUUUAGGAUUUUCAGGGAACUGUGUGGGCUGUGGUGAGAAAGGGUUCAGAUACUUCACCGAGUUCUCCAACCACAUCAACCUGAAGUUGUCCACCCAGCCGAAGAAGCAGAAGCACUUAAAGUACUACCUGAUGAAGAACUCUCAGGGUGCUCUGUGCAAGGGAGCCUUCAUUUGCUGGAAAGAUCGCAAGAUAAGGCCUUUCUCAAGCAGUGCUUCAUCGUCUAAGCCUAGCUCCUCAUCAUCGCUAAGCAGCAAAGAAAAUGGAGAAACAAAUGGCCACAGUCCAUCUCCCUUCCCCCUCUCAGACUCACCUCCGGCCUGCAUGCAGUCCAGUUCCUCCUCAGGGAUUUUUGGAACGCCAGACCAGGGAUUCCUCAAACCAUUGAACACACCAACCCAUGGGACCAAGACUUUACCAAUCGUGCCCACUGCUCUCCGAGUUAACAGUCUGACUAAUGGCCUGAGUAUGGAUGGACGGUCCAGUCUACUGAGCCCCCCUCAAACAAACAUGCUCGACACACCUAGUCAUGGCCAUUAUCGGGCCACAGAACCAGGGGACAGUCCAGUGUCCUCUGCUAUGGCGUCAGGUCCGCCCAAAAAGCGUCACCGUAGCUGGCACCCCACCUCUCUAGUGUCCGUCCCUGCCACGGCUGUCUCUGUGCCAGCCAUCCGGCCGCUGGCAUGCAGCUCUGGUCCUUUGUUGUCCCUGUCCAAUCAACAGCCUCCGUCCGGAGUGAUACAGCCCCAACCAAUCACAGCAGGGGAAACCGUCAUCGUACCUGACAACCUUCUGAACACCUCUGGGGUCCGGCCCGUCCUUCUUAUUGGUCAAGGCACUUUACCAUACUUCUUUGGCAAUGUGGGAGAUCUGGUGGUGAGCCCCCUGCUGGUCAGCUGCUAUAUUGGCAGAGAGCUGAAUGAGAAAAGCCUUGCCAGUCUGGGCAUGUCAGCUAGCCAGUUUCUCACCACAGAGACCAUGAUACUACUCACACUGCAGUAUCUCGCACGACUCGGUACGGAGCAGAUCCCAUUGCGUGAAGAGUUUGAGCAGAUCGUUCUCAACGCCAUGCUGUGCAGGCCGACCGGACCUUCCGUGUCCCCGGCCCAGCUGCCUUGGUUAGCUCGUAUGGAGGCCAGUGUGUCAGGUGGCAGCGUUCAGGUGCUGGUCACGCACGGCUUGCUGGGAGAGGGCAUCUCUGAUUCACUGCGCACACUGAGUGAAACGCCACUGCAGCAGCAGCGGUGUCUCCCAAACUAUGUGCUCAUUAUCUGCACCUCGAAAAAUGGAGCUAACGAGUUCUGUGUGCUGGUGCUUGGUAAAUAUCAGUCUCGAGCUCUGGCAGAGAGCAUGCUCACAACAAAUGAGUUUCUGAAGGAGAUCAGCUAUGAGCUCAUCACAGGGAAGGUUAGCGUGCUUGCCUCACACUUCCAAAGCACCUCAUUAGGGGACAACUUGGACAAACAGCUGGUUCGGUAUAAACGUAAACGCAAAGACCGCGUGGUUCAGCCUUUCCAGGGACAUCUCACUGAAUACAUCCACUCCCAUGAGGCAGCAUCCAUGAUACCAGAAUCAGGGCCAGAACUGUUGAGUGACAGUUUUCAGAUACACCCUCCACAGCUGAGUGUGGCACGCAGUCUCCUGUCACAGGUGUGUGCUAUCGCUGACUCAAGCAGCCAGAGUUUAGAUCUGGGCCGCUUUUGCAAGGUAGACUUCCUGAUUUUGGUGCCACCAUCCCAUGUACUGGUUCACCAAACGGUGCAGCGGAUUCAACAAUCAGGUGUGCUGAUAGAGCUAGGGAUAGAGGACACAUCCUUGGCCCAGCAGAAGUCUGACAAGUAUGUAGUGCGCUUGGAUGCGGAGGUCCACACAAAAAUGGAGGCUUUCAUGAGAAAGGUCAAGCAGAAUCCUUAUACACUCUUCGUCCUCAUUCACGACAACUCACACGUCGACCUUACCAGUGCUCUUUCAGGGUCAGUUUGUCAUGGGGAGCUGCAGGGAUUGGCCGACCGGGUGGUGAAUUGUCCAGAGGUUCUGGAAGCUAUAAACCUGCUGGUGCUGCAGGUUAGCUGCUUUCCCUUCACGCUGCAGAGCCGUCAGUCACGCAUCAGCACACAGAAUGAAGUGCACUGGCCCAACACUGAGAGCCUGCAGGUUGAAGCAUUGCCUAAGGAUCUGGUCUACUUUGGGCUGAAGGACUACAGCAGGUCCCUGCAGUGGGGGGUGGCGAGUCCAAUCCUUCGAUGUGAUGAUGCCUUUGAGUGGAUGGUCAAAACACUUCUAGAGAGGCACCCACACUUGCACAGUAUGGUGAUCCGCAGCUAUCUGCUGAUUCAGCAGUACACAGAAGCUCUGAUGGCCCUCACCGCCGCCCCAUCACUGCGGGACCACGUGACUCCUCAGACCCUCGCCAUGGUGGAGGAUCUUCUGAGUAUGCCAGGCCGCAGCAGGCACGGGUGUGGGCACAUGCUGCUGGUGCGUGUGCCCUCACUUCAGCUGGCGCGUCUGGCACAGGAGCAGCUGGAAGAGGCUCGGGACAAACUGGGGUUGCAGUACCGCUUCGCUGUGCUGCUGGGCAGCCCUGCUGCAGAAAUCAGCCUGCCAGUGCAUUUCUGUGCCCGUCUGCGGGCUUGGCGGGGCUGUGAAAAUGAAGAAUGGGUCCCUCUCACCUAUGAAGAUCUGGAAGGACUUCCAUGCAUUGUCAUCCUCACUGGAAAAGACCCUCUAGGGGAGACAUUCCCAAGGUCUCUGAAGUACUGUGAUCUGCGGCUGAUUGACUCCAGUUAUCUGACACGCACAGCCCUGGAGCAGGAGGUGGGUCUGGCCUGCUCCUACGUCACUUGCAGUGUUAUACCCGAGACGAAAACUGCAGCAGGCAGAGAGGAGAGACAGAGAGAGGAUGAGAAGAGCUCAGGAGAAGCAGCAGAACACGAUGAACUCCAGAUGGAGCUGGAGAGGCCACCCAGCAAUGCCAGUGCUGCUACCAGAACCUCUGGUGGUUCUACCACUGAAAACGGUGUCAGUUCAUCAAGCAUACUUGACAAACCCUCCUCCCAUGGUGAUGCUGCCAGUAGCAACAGAGCUUUAAUGGACUGUCCCAAUCACUUCAAACAAGAGUGUGACUACCAAGCACCCUCCUCGUCUGCCACUGCCUCUUUCACCUCUACCUCUACCUCCUCCUCCACCUCAUCCUCCUCUUCGUCUCCGGUAGCUCAGAGACCGAGUCAGUCCACGCAGGCUCUGCGAGAAGGGAACAGGACACAGGUCUUCCCCAGGACGGCGGUGCUGUCCCGGGCAGCGUACACCCUGCUGGCCCCUGAGUCUCUGGGUCAGCCCUGCUCAGCAUCCCUGCUGCCCCACGCUGAUGUGGCCUGGAGCAGUCCACUCAGAUCGCCUGUUCCCCAUGGCCUCGGAGGAGCAGAGCAGUCUCUGUACUAUCGGCAGUGGACCACAGCCAGGCAGCACCAUGCCGAUUACGAAGGGCCGGCCGUGCCACAUCCCAGAAGACUACUGUUGAGUGGACCACCACAGGUGGGAAAAACAGGCGCGUACCUGCAAUUUCUACGGAUUCUGUUCCGCAUGUUGAUUCGCCUUCUGGAAGUAGAUGUGUAUGACGAAGAAGAGCUGGAGGAGGACGUGCCAGACAAAUCAAAGGUCCCGCCUGCCAGUGGGCCACAGUGGCCUGACGUGGAGGACAUCCAUAAACUGCGAUUUGACCUUUACCCCCAUGACCACAAGUUUAGACAUGCAAGUUCAGUGCAUACAGAUAGGGUGCCAAAUACACUAAAUGGAGUGAAAAUAGAGAGACCAGAGGCAGGAGAACAACCCAAGAGAAACACAGUGUCUGUCAGACUCAGCAUGUUUGCGGCACACAAUGCAUUUCACCACUGUGAGCAGUGUCACCACUACAGUGAGGUGGCACCUGCCACUCAGCUUUCUGAUUGCACAUUCCACGCCUUCACGUUCAGCUCGUCCAUGCUGGGAGAAGAAGUCCAGCUGAACUUUAUCAUUCCCAAAACCAAAGAGCAUCACUUUGUCUUCAGUCAGCAGGGAAGUCAUCUGGAGAGCAUGCUUCUCCCUCUGCUCUCUGACCAGGAUUCUGGCAUGCUGAAAAGUCCGAUUUUCACCCCCACCACGGGUCGACAGGAGCACGGCCUUCUCAACAUCUAUCAUGCCGUGGAGGGAGCUGAACACCUGCACAUCUUAGUGGUCAAGCAGUAUGAAAUGCCCCUCUACAGGAAAUACUGGCCCAACCACAUUCUGCUGGUGUUGCCCGCAAUGUUCAACAAUUCAGGAGUGGGAGCAGCUCGGUUCAUGAUCAAAGAGUUGUCUUACCACAAUCUGGAGCUGGAGAGGAACAGACAGGAGGAGCAGGGCAUUAGACAACAGGAUGUCUGGCCCUUCAUCGUUAUGAUGGAUGACUCAUGUGUUCUUUGGAACACCCAUCAGCCUGGACCCGAGGACAACAGUGAGGUGACAAAUGUGUCACUGAAGAGUGUCUUGCAGCACAUGGAGGCCACUCCGAAGAUCUCUCUUUAUGCCAUGUGUGGCCUCCGGAAAUGGAGUAGUAGUUUGUCUUCUCAAGCUUCUUCGGCUCCUUUCUCUCGCUGUCACCUCCAUGACCUCAUCAUACUGAACGUUGACCUCACACAGAACGUCCAGUAUGACAUCAACCGGUUCACUUGUGAGGAAGUGGACUUUAACCUGAGGGCAAACAGCAGUGGUCUUCUGCUGUGUCGUUUCAAUCACUUUAGCGUCAUGAAGAAACACAUUCCCAUUGGAGGACACAAAGACUUCCUAAUAAAACCCAAACUCAUGAGGAUUGAGACCCCCGUGCACAUCAGUGCAUCUCAGUACGUCUGUGCUCCAGACAGUGAACACACCCUGCUUUCUGCACCAGCUCAGUUCUUGCUGGAGAAGUUUCUGCAGAGCUGCAGUCAUUGGCUUUUUCCUCUGGCACUCUGUAACGGCGCAAACCUAGUGCUGUCCAUCGACAGCUACCUCAACCUCGGCCCAGAGAUUGAGGUGUGUUACGUGAGCUCUCGACCUCACUCGGUGAAUGUGGAUCAUCAGGGAGUAGUCUUCAGUGGGCUGCUGCUCUACCUGUGUGACUCAUUUGUAGUUUCAAGUCUCCUAAAGAAGUUCAACUUUCUCAAAGGCGCUACAUUGUGCGUGAUCUGUCAGGACCGCAGCUCUCUGCGUCAAACUAUAGUGCGCUUGGAACUAGAGGACGAAUGGCAGUUUCGUCUGCGAGACGAGUUUCAGACGGCCAACUGCAGUGAGGACCGGCCUCUAUACUUCCUCACCGGCCGUCAUAUCUGAACACCUCCAACUACAUCCGUCCCAAUAACUCCAUUUCUUGCCCUUCAGCGGUUUGGCCACUACAUGGAGAAAAUACUGUCCAGCAAGCGGGAGUAAGACUUGAGAUUGUACUGGAACAGAGCUUUUCUAUAAAGGAAGGAUUCCUCCUCAAUGUUCAUUCCCGUGCACCCUCCACUCAGCACUACCUCUGAUAAUGUUUGAGGACAAAGACUCAGAAGAAUUGUCCAAUUUACAGAUAUUGUGCUGAUACAGGUGUUGUCCAAUUGCCUUGCGUGAUUCCCCUUUAUUACAACUUUAUUUGUCGAUGAUUUUUGCUUGUCCUCACAUGCAAGAACAUUUUAAGACAUUUUGAAAGAUUGUAAACAUUCUUAUAUGUCCUUUUUGGACAUAUGUAUUAUCUCAGGAUUUUUUGUCUCAAGACAAAGAAAGACUACUGCUUUUCCUUUCAUCUCUAUUGCCUAUUUCAUAUAUUUCCUGAUGCCAUCCACCAAAGACUUCUAAUCUCCUCCAGCUGGAAGCUCACCUUCAUAAGUUUGUACAGGUGCAUUUGCACAGCAGCAUGUUGCUUAUAGGUGUGUGCUUUUAGGAGCAUUACAUUGAUCAUCAUUUAACUGCCUGACCAUCUCACAAGUGCCCAAAACCCUUCAUAAACCUUAAACUAUGACCAGCUUGGUGGCCAGCUAAGACUAGCAAAUCACUGUAGACUAAGCUAUUUAGUCUUUUAAGCUGUUUUUUUUUUUAAAUAUGCCUGAUGAUCUUAACCACAAAACACCACAAUUCCCAUCAUCGACAUGUGGGAUGUUUGAUUUGAAAAUGUGGGAUCUGCAUUCAGGAUAGGUCAUUAUGUCAAUAGUUGGUAUCAAGUGGUCAUCAUAUUUUGGCGAAACAUUCCUUAUUUGAAGUUGCAGGGAAUGUUUGGAGUUGCACACUGUGAAUGCCUUAAGUGAUUUAACCCUGAUGACAUCACAAUCUGUUUGGGACUCCAAACCACCCCAAAAGAGGCAGUGAGGAGCAUUAACGGAAAUGUGAAACCAAUAUAACGGCUAGCUAGCUUGCUGUUAUGGUAUGUCUGAGAAGAUAAAUGUUCUCAACAGUGAUAUCUUGUGGGUUUUAGGACUUUUUGGGUGUUUAAAGAAAAAACGUUGUUUACAUUUAAAGAAAUGCCGAUAUUAAUAUAUUUGACAAACCUUUUGUCACUUUGGAUUCUGGCUAGUUUUACAGAAAAGUCACUUUCAGCCAUAUGUGUCAUGGAUAACCUGCAAUUUUUCCUGUCCAUGGCACAAAGGAUCUACCUAGGAUUUCCAAUGUUUAGGACCCUUUAGUUUCUGUUUGGGUGAUUUAUUUAAAGUGAGAGAAAAAAUAUGGAUCCCUUUUUUGAGGGAUUUUUUUAUUUAUUGAAGAAGCCUCUUGGAAUGAUAAUCAUUUGGAUAUCUGGAAAGCUUAGCUGUCAGUCAGGUCUUUGAAUUAGUCACCAAAGCUUUGCACACUUUCAUUGAAACUAUGUAUAGAAGCUGUAUUAGAAAUUAACUGAUGUAAAAGAAAAAAUGGCAUAACAAAUAUGUGGUUUACUUUUAUUGCCAGUAUAAACUAACUGGAUUGUUUGUGAUAAAAUACAUCCGGUCGUGUGAUGAUACUGAUUGUAAUGAAGACAGCCAAAUGCCCACUUGACAACCUUUAGAAUGUGUCUCAUUUGUAGAUAAUUUGAUGUGCACGUGAAUUAUGCAAUUUGCUUCUCACAAUCGUUUCAUCUUCUCUGUCAGCUGUGAAUAUUCAAAACAUAUGUAGCACCAAUCUGUUUAAAAUCCUCUACCUCAUGAUCUACUUGGCGCCUUUAGUUUAGUCAGCAAUUGAUUUCAGAAACAUGUUCUUGUUGUUAUUGAGAUAAAUGAAUGUAAUAAAGUGUCAUCA